GUCGCGGCGUGUCUCACCGUGACAGAAAACGCGCCGCAGCCCGCAAAGGGACCCGGUAUUCGCUAAAAUCGACUCGUUAGAUCCUACGAAAGAUUUCGCUCGGCCUGGAUCAAUCGUCCGCCCGGUCUAUGCGCAUCCGCGUGUCCUUUUUCUCGCGGUCGCGUCGUCUUCGGCGCGGCCCUCUCGACGACGCGCGCUCGGCGACGCGACCGCGUCACGGUGACAGUCCCGCGCUCGUUCUUAAACCCAGUCGACUUUUUUUAGGACUUCGAGUGCGGUAAGACCGAAGCCGGACCCAGAAGUCGGACCACAGGGCCAAGGAAACGCGUUUUAAGCCUCACCGGUUGGCAAGAGCCUCGCGCCUUGGAGAGAUUUCUUGCUGAUCCGAGCUCCGGUAUUCGGCACGAGUAACGCGGGUGACAUCGUUAUUUUUACCACGGGAAUGUACCGCUUGGAGGAAAUCCCUGAAUGCGACGUAAGGCACGCUGCUGCCCCGGGGAAAAUGGUCUAGUUGAUGCGAGGAAGUUAUUUGGGGAUGGAGUGAUUUAUAUUUACGUACGCAGGAAGGAGCCCAGAGCCGAUUACGGAUUUUAUCCCAUGGGAAAUAUCGUUGCUUCGGGUGCUCGCUGAGUCGACAAAAAUCGAGCCGGUAUUUUCAAGGAAUUGGAGUCGGAGUGGUUUAUUUUCUGCAUUCAAGAUGAAAUUAAUUUUUUCAAUAUGCGCCUUGGUACUGUCUUGCUUUGCCCAAGUGCCGAAUAACUGCAAUAAUCCGAAUUGGCAUAGUCUGGAGACAAAUGAAACGGCGAGAUUGAAUUGUGGACCUGCUUUCCAAGAUCGUUGCCUUUGCUACACGACUUGUUACGAUGGACACCAUCAGCACGUGGUGAACUGUACGAAUUCUGGAUUUUACAACACCAAACCGUUGUCCCAUUUGCCUAAUAACACGCAAGUCCUCAUAUUCACCGGCAAUUCUCUUGAUGUGCUGCCUUGGAACGUUUUUGGCACUUUGGAUUCGCUUCCAGAAUUGCGGGUCAUAGACAUGUCCAGCAAUAAAAUCCGCGAGAUUCACGGAAAGUCGUACCACCACGUGCAACGCGUAGAACGAUUGAUCCUCAACUAUAAUAGACUUACAAUGGAUCCCGAAAGAAGCCACCCUAGGAUAUUUUCAAAUUUUGUAUCUCUCCUGGAACUUCACUUGACACACGCUUUUGACACUGGAUCACCGCAGGAUCUAGCUGCUACUCUCCACGAUAUCUUUGUAAAUAGCAAUCUUACUCAGCUGAUUAAGCUGCACUUAGAGCAAAAUAACAUAUCGGAGUUUCGGGAUUCGAAUGUAUUCUGCGAUCUUCCUAAUCUCUUGGACCUCCACCUCGGAGACAAUGCUCUAACUAAGUUGCAUUUCAAUCUGUCCUGCCUUCACAAGCUGAGAUUUUUGGACCUCCAACGAAAUAAAUUCUCGACAGUCAUUGAGCGAGAUUUGCACACUCUGGACACUUUUGCAAAACACAAUCAAUCUGUGACGGUGGAUUUUUCUGGCAAUCCGUUCGAGUGUACUUGUAAGCUGAAUCCCUUCUUGGAGUGGAUGAAACGAACUAAAAUAUUCGUUCGCAAUAAGGAUUUGCUACGAUGCUAUCAAAACGGAAGUGUUCAGGAGUUUCACACUAUCAAAGGCUGCAUAACCAAGCUGAAAGCAUCGAGCUAUCGAGGAACAAAAGCUGCAGUUUAUCUGUUAAUUACGAUCCUAGUCGCUCUUAUUUGCGCCCUGAUAUAUCUUCAAAGAACUGCCGUUCGGAAAAGACUUGACCCCGUGAUCGAUUCCGUUAGCAGAAGGGUUCGAUAUACUUCCAUAACGACGAGUGAUACGCGCGAGAUAGACGUUUAAUUGCUUUUCAGUCAUUCUUAAUUUAUGAAAACCGGAGGUGUUUAGAUAGGUAGGAAACGAGAUUUUUCUACCGCUUAAUUAUUAUGCUAUUUUUACUUUUAUGAAGACAUUUUUCAGUUGCCAGUAGGAAUGAGUCCUAGCGUGGAAUGACGAGUCGGAGAAACAUGUUAUUUUUAUAGCAAAAAAUGUGUAAUUUUGUAAUAACUCGAAUCGAAUUGAUCAGACACCUUUAAUACGGUUAGACUGUGCUAAAUAGUUUGAUAACGGGUUUGUAUGAUCUAGAUUUGUAACAUAUUUGCAAAUUGGACAUAAUUAUUUAAUUAUGAAUAUAUGACUAGAAGAACGUGUAAUACGUAGGGGAUAUUUUUUAAUAAUUUUAGACUUAUCCAAAUUAAUAACUUUUCAUAUAAACAUAACAUUGCAGCAACAUUAUGCAUCGUAUUGUACCGUAAAUGUGCAAUUAAUUUUCUUUAAAAUAAAUCUACUACUAUCGUAAGCAUAGUUAUAUUUCAAUUGUGUACAGUUCGAGAAAUAUAAACAGUCUCGUACGCAACAAAA